UUCAAGUAGUUGACCAGUUCUUGUAGAGCUUCAGAAGCAUUGUACGAUGGAGUGGAAAUUGUGCUUGUAUUUUUUGUUUUUGUCAGUUUUCAGUGUAGUUUCGUCUGACAUCUACAAUAACUGUGUUUUGAGUGAUUGUGAAGAUGAACCAAUUCCUAUUGAAGACUACAUCCGUCAGCACGGCUAUCCUGUGGAAGCCCAUGAGAUUACGACGGACGACGGUUAUAUCCUGACGUACCACCGUAUCCCCCAUGGGAAGACCUCGUCAGGUCGUAUAGGUAAACCUGUUCUGCUACAACAUGGACUGCUGGCCUCUAGUGCUGCUUGGGUGAUCACCGAUGAAUCUCUUGGAUUCACUUUGGCAGAUGCAGGAUUUGACCUGUGGCUCGGCAAUGCACGUGGCAACACUUACUCUAGGAAACACAAAACAUACAAUCCCGACAAAGACAAGAGAGCGUUCUGGAACUUCAGUUGGCAUGAGAUGGGCUACUACGACCUGCCAGCAUCAAUAGACUACAUACUGAAUGUGACCAAACAUCAGCAACUGUUGUACAUCGGCCACUCCAUGGGCACCACCAUGUUCUUUGUACUGGGGGCCUCCAAGCCAGACUACAUGGCCAAGGUGGAGGCCGCCGUGCUGCUGGCCCCGGUGGCUUACCCUUACAACAUCCGCAGCCCGAUCGCUAACUUUGUCAACGACUUACAGCCUUCUUUAGACAGUCUUCUCAGAUCAGUAGACAUAUACGAGGUAUUUCCUACUUCGAGGGGAACUUACUGGUUGGACGAGAAUAUCUGUUCACGAGAGUUACUGCAAUUUCUGUGUAGAGACAUUGUAUUUGAGAUUGCUGGGUUCGACAAUCCUGAAGUGAAUAGGACAAGUUUCCCAAUUAUUUUGAACUACAUGCCAGCUGGGGCUUCCGUCAAGCAAUUACAACAUUACAGUCAGAUUUGUAAAACAGAUGCAGAUUUCCGUUACUUUGACUACGGUCCCAUUGGUAACAUGUGGAAGUACCAUUCACAUACCCCUCCUCCUUACAAUCUAACAAAUGUAAAAGCUCCGUUGUACAUCCACUACGCGCUUAACGACUGGUUAGCUGUGCCUGAGGAUGUUUUCUUUACAGUCAUAAAGCUUCCGAACGUACGAAUAGUCAGAGAAGUACCAGAUGAAAAAUUCAACCACGUUGACUUCAUGUGGGCCAUCGACGGAAAGAAACUGUUGUACCACAACAUCGUUGAAACCCUUCAUAACCUUCCUCCUUCUUGCUACAGGAUGGUCAGCUGUUUAGUGUUAGUUGUGUUGUGUCUGUUUGUGUGUGUGCAAGGUGACAAUGAAUGCAGAUCUACAUUUUGUUUCAAGUUGUGGUCUAGAAGUAUCAACAUCGACUUUAACCUUUUUGAGGAUACGGAACCUUUGCCUAUUGAAGACUACAUCCGGCAGCAGGGAUACCCCGUAGAACCCCAUGAGAUCACAACAGAUGAUGGCUACAUUCUCACCUACCACCGUAUCCCCCAUGGGAAGUCUAACUCCACGACGGCCGGGAGGAAACCGGUGCUGUUACAACAUGGACUACUUGGUGCUAGCUCUGUCUGGGUCUUAUCGUCUUACGCUCUUGGCUAUGCUCUAGCAGACGCAGGAUUCGACGUGUGGCUGGGAAACGCCAGAGGAAACACUUACUCAAAGAAACACUUGGACUUGGAUCCUGUUCUGGAUAAGCGUGAUUUUUGGGACUUCAGCUGGCAUGAGAUGGGCUACUAUGACCUUCCAGCCUCCAUAGACUACAUACUGAAUGUGACCAAACAUCAGCAACUGUUCUACAUUGGCCACUCCAUGGGCACCACCAUGUUCUUUGUACUGGGGGCCUCCAGGCCAGACUACAUGGCCAAGGUGGAGGCCGCAGUGCUGCUGGCGCCGGUGGCUUAUCCUUGGCACAUCAAGAGUCCAUUGACCAACUUCCUCAGCAGGCUACAUUCUGUUAUAUCUGUCCUGGCAACCACGGCGGGAGUCUAUGAAAUUUUCCCGUACUCCAGGUCGAUGCUUUGGGUCGAGAGAAACCUUUGCUCUUUCUCCAUGUUCCGGUGGAUGAACGUAUGCGAGGACAUCAUGAAGUGGAUCGGAGGAUUCAACGAACAAGAAUUGAAAAGAAUACCAUUAUCAACCAUGCUGCAAUACCAGCCGGCCGGAGCAUCGUUUAAGACCCUCAAGCACUUUCGACAAAUCAGUGAAGAGACAGAUUUCCGCAACUUCAACUACGACAGUCUCAGCAACUUGUACACAGGCAAUUACAGAGCUUACGGACAGUUUGACCCCCCGUUGUAUGACUUGGGCCUGGUGACGGCUCCUUUGUACAUCUACUACGCCAAUAGUGACUGGCUCUCUGUCCCAGAGGACGUACUCUACACGGUGGAUCUUCUUCCGAACGUAAAGAAUGUGACGAAGGUACCAGACAAAGACUUCAAUCACUUAGACUUCUGUUGGGCCGACGACGCCAAGACUCUCGUCUAUGAUGACAUCAUUCUGAGGCUGAAUAGUUUAAAAUAAUCAGUUGCAGUUAAGAUCUACGUAACUUUCAUGUACAUAGGGGAAUUUAGGCUUUAUUCUUGAAAUUGUUUAAAAAAGAUCACAUAUCAAAAUCCUGCUUACUGAUUUGGGAGAGAUGCAUAUCCAAUGUUUUGUUGUGAAUAAAUAGCUGGCAAAAAUGGUUCAAAAUAAUUUGUAAAUAAUUUGUUUAGUGUUUUCUUGUCUGCAUACAUAGGUCUUUGAACUAGCAUCAAAUCAAUUUUAUACAGAUGUGUUUUUUAUCAAUUUUUCUUCAUGCCCUUGCAGUAUUCUUAGAUAUAGACUGCUGUUUAGCGUUAGUACAAAAUAUACCUAUUUGUAAACAAUGAUUCGUAGGUAAUAAACUUUAUUU